AAUCCUUCUCAUUUCAAUACUGCAAGCAAAACAAUAUAGUUGGUUGCGAUUGAUCCACAAUCGUUCUUUCAUAGCUCGAUUACGCUGGCAGUUUCGAUCGACCAGUCGAAGAGUAUUUGGCUUCUCAGUCCUCGCUCAGAGAGCGUUUCUAUCAAAUGCGGCUGAAGAUAAACAAGGCCUGUGAUCUCAGUUCUAUCUCCGUUCUUCCUCCUCAGUCCAGGCAUGAACCUCAAGCACCACAGUUGCGAUCACAACCUUCGCAACAAUCCUUUUCUCAGGGAUUGUCGUCUCAGCACGGCAUGUAUUCUCAACUUUCUCAGAACUCUUUUGACGAAGUCGUGACAAAUGAACAGAGAUUUAGCUCUCAAGACCGAGAAAACUCAAUUAAGAAGAAUUCUUUUUUUCCUCCUCUAAGUUACUCCAAAGAAGAUUGUCAAUUGGGACUCUCAAAAUCUUCAACCAGUUUAACACAAAAAUGGAGACCUAGUCCUCUUACGGAUUCUAAGUGUCAAGUUGGUGAAGAACUUGACCGCCGCCUUGGAACUAUAGAAAACUCAUUAAACAAGUUUGGAAAGAUCUUGGAUUCUCUUCUCAGUGACAUCUUACAACUAAACAAAGGAAUGAAGCAAGUUUCUCUGGAUGUGGAAAGCAUAUGGCAAAAGAUGCUUGUUAACAGUAGCUUGCUGCAAUCCAUGAACAAAGACCACGAUGACAUGAAAGCUAUCAUCGAUGGAGGCUUCAAAUUGAUAUCCGAUCAACUUAAGAAGGAUGCAUACCAAGAAAGGCUGCAUGAGAUUUCCGAUUUUCUUUCUUCAUUGGAAAAGCAAGUACAAGCGUCUCAACUUAAAUUAAAAAAUGACUUCAUCAGCACAUUCACCAAAGAAAUGAAGGCAAUGAUCUCUACCUUGAAGAAACCCUUGCAAAAAUUUCCACCUCACUCUAUUCAAUCUCCCGAGCGUACAGCAUGUUUGGAUGUUCCAAAGCAGAAGCGACAUCGAUGUAAAAUUCAAUCUGCGUCUCCAAAUGUUUGCACUCAAGCAACUGCAGUACAAAAGGAGGAAGUAGGAAUGUGGAAAUCAGUAAAAGUGGGAAAGGCGUUUUGCACUAGUAGUGUGGUGACAAGGGAUGAUCCAAAUAAAGUAAUUCCAUUUUCUGAACAGCAGCAGUGCCUGGUGCUAGAAAGGGAAUAUAGAGUUAUUGUUGAUUCCGAUGAGGAGAUUGAAAGAAGUUUCUCCUGCCUAAUUGAAGAGAAGAAAACAGGAAAAGAUGUACGUUACUAUUCCAUAGAAGAGGCCAAGCAAGAAACUGCCAGAAUUUUAAGGAAAGCAAGAAGGCAGAAAAGAAAAUACAGCAAUCCUAUAAUUAUUAAUUGAAGGUGCAAGAUGGGUCAGAACGAUCAGUAUGUAGAGAAGCCUUUCUUCUAGGUAAUUGGAUCCUUAUCUUGCAUUUGAAUAUAAAUGCCCACUUUUGCAUGCUGUCCAUUAUGCUUAUCUGAGCUUUCUUGCUUUUUCGUACAUCCUCCUUUCUUUUUUCUUUUCCACUGCUCAAAUAUCCCUCCAUAUCUUUUCCCCCUCCCACUUUGGAAUCUGGACCACUAACACACCGCUUUUACUCAAAAGGUGAGCAUAACUCUAACUUACUCUUCACAUAAAAAGACCCUUUUGUGUUGGGGAAGGCUCUUUUGUAGGACAUUAAAAUAAGUUUGAGCCAUUCCCAUUUUUAGCUUUUCUUUGAAACGAAGCAAAGCUA